GCGGGGCCCAGUGCGCGUGCGCGAGGGCGCGUGCCAAGCGGGGCGGACAAAGGGGCGGGCGGCGGCGCGCGAGCCGGAGGGCGGAGCCGCGGGCCGGGCGGGCAGGUGCGCGCGGACUGGAGGGCGGAGCCGCGAUGCCGCGAUGGAGCGCAGCCGGGGCGGGCGCCGGGGCCGGGGCCCGAGCACUAGGCGGAGCGCGAACCGGAGCCGCAGCCAGAACCCGGACCGGGCCGGGGUCCGGGACCGCAGGGCCCGGCUGCUCGUAGCGGCGGCGACGGAGCCCCCCAGCGGCUGAAGGGCUUCCUCCCAGCUCCCGCCGGUGGCCGGGACUCAGCAAGCCCCCCGAGGCUGGAAAGCGCGGGGAUACCCCCCACCACCAGGGCCCAGAGACCCCCCCAGGAAAGCGGGGUGCCCUUCCAGAUCCAACACACAGCGACUCCCCAGCCGGAGAAAGCGGAGACUUCCUCCGUAUUCAAAAGACAGCGACCUCCCUACGGUACCGCGAAGACUCCCCCCUCUUCAGUCUUGGCCCCCCUAAGACCUAGAACGCAGUGACACCCCCCCGUCCGGGAUUGUGGGGACCCCCUCUCAAGAUCCUGGUCAUUACAACUCCACACCUCAAGACACGAAGACCCAGCUCAGAACGCCACUAGAACCCCCUAUUCCGGUACACAGAACUCCCAAAUCUAGGGACCCGAAGACACCAAGAGAUAUCCCUCACCAGCAAGAGGCCUCGGCCCACCCCCCCACCCCAUCCCCGCUCAAAGCUCCAGGACCGGGGCGACUGAACCGGUCGCGGCGCCCUUCUCAUCCCAGCCCAUGGUCGAGGCGCCCUGAGUCCCCCCACCCCGGGCCGGGCUGACGAAAACCGAGACGGCGCCCAGGCCCCCUGCCGCGGCGUCCCCGCGGCCCCAGCCCAGGCUCUCCCCUGAUGGUGGCAGAACCCGCAUGCAGCAGCUCCAGGCCUGUGUCCUCCAGCUUUGCAGCCCAGGGUCAGAAGGGAGAAGAUGAGUGUGGGCUGCCCAGAGCCCGAGCCACCCCACUCCCUGCCCUGCUGUGGGCCAGGGACUGCCCCUGGGCUGGGAGCAGGCGUGCCCCUUCUCACUGAAGACAUGCAGGCGCUGACCCUCCGCACGCUGGCUGCUAGCGACGUCACCAAGCACUAUGAACUCGUCCGAGAGCUGGGCAAGGGCACCUAUGGGAAGGUCGACCUAGUGGCCUACAAGGGCACAGGCACAAAAAUGGCACUGAAGUUCGUGAACAAGAGCAAAACCAAGCUGAAGAACUUCCUGCGGGAGGUGAGCAUCACCAACAGCCUCUCCUCCAGCCCCUUCAUCAUCAAGGUCUUCGACGUGGUGUUUGAGACCGAGGACUGCUACGUCUUCGCCCAGGAGUACGCACCCGCCGGAGACCUGUUUGACAUCAUUCCUCCUCAGGUGGGGCUCCCCGAGGACACGGUGAAGCGCUGCGUGCAGCAGCUGGGCCUGGCGCUGGACUUCAUGCACGGACGGCAGCUGGUGCACCGCGACAUCAAGCCCGAGAACGUGCUGCUGUUCGACCGCGAGUGCCGCCGCGUGAAGCUGGCCGACUUCGGCAUGACGCGCCGCGUGGGCUGCCGCGUGAAGCGCGUCAGCGGCACCAUCCCCUACACGGCGCCCGAGGUGUGCCAGGCGGGCCGCGCCGACGGCUUCGCCGUGGACACGGGCGUGGACGUGUGGGCCUUCGGCGUGCUCAUCUUCUGCGUGCUCACCGGCAACUUCCCCUGGGAGGCGGCCUCGGGCGCCGACGCCUUCUUCGAGGAGUUCGUGCGCUGGCAGCGGGGCCGCCUGCCGGGGCUGCCGUCGCAGUGGCGCCGCUUCACCGAGCCGGCGCUGCGCAUGUUCCAGCGGCUCCUGGCUCUCGAGCCCGAGCGCCGCGGGCCGGCCAAGGAGGUCUUCCGCUUCCUCAAGCACGAGCUCACGUCCGAGCUGCGGCGCCGGCCCUCGCACCGCGCGCGCAAGCCCGCCGCCGGGGACCGUCUGCCGGCCGCCGGGCCGCUGCGCCUCGAGGCGCCCGCGCCGCUCAAGCGGACGGUGCUGACCGAGAGCGGCAGCGGCUCCCGGGCCGCGGCCCCCGCCGUCGGGCCCGUGCCCGUGCCCGUCCCCGUCCCCGUGCCCGACGCCGGCCUGGCGCCCCCUGGGCCCCCGGGCAGGACCGACGGCCGCCCGGACAAGAGCAAAGGGCAGGUGGUGCUGGCCACGGCCAUCGAGAUCUGCGUCUGAGCCGCCCCCGCCGCCCUCGGGCCGGGGCGCCGUGCACGCAGCCAGGCCGGGCGCGGGGAGCCGCGCUGGGCCCGCUCCAAGCCGGGGUGGCGGCCGCGGCCAAACCGAGCAGCCCUCGUGAGCAGCGCCCUCCCCCCACCCGGCGGCGGCGGCGGCGGCGGGAGGGAGUAGUGGUAGACUAGGCUGGACCGCCGGCCCAGGCGCCUGGUCAGCGGCGGGCUGGUGAAAUAGCCACCAAAAGACCUCUUGCCCGGCCUGUGGAGCAGGGGCUUGGCCCAGAGGAGCCAAGCCCCACAGACCUGAGGAUUCAGAGGCCCCCCUGAUACCUAGGAGCUUGCGGGCAGACUACCUGACAUCUCCCUGAACCCUGAACCCUUACUAGUUGCUCCUAGCCUUUUGCACCCCCUGGCAGAUCACCCCGCAGCCCCGCCCCCGGUCCUGCCCUCCUGGCACCCCACCCCGCCCCCCACUCCACCCUGGGCACAGAAGGGAACUGAAGUAUUGGGGCAGAGAAGGGGCUUAGGGCCUGAGGCACUGGCUGGGAGGAGGGCGAGGUGCUGAGGGCAGGGGUGUUGCUCAGCUGCGUCCUGCCCCUUUCCUAGGAGGCUGGAGGGGAGAGGCCAAGCCCCCUGCAAAAUGUAGCAGAUGUCUGGGUGUUGCAGAAGAGUGUGCAGGCACAGGCCCCCGAGAAUCCAGUGACCCCACAGCCCAUUCCCCUGAUGAGGACACUGAGCCUGCCAGGAGGCAACUUGCCUGGGGCCACACAGCUGCUGAGAGGUGGGGCUCUAGUAGCGUCCCCCUGCUCCCCAGGGAUUGUCCCCCCCCAGACAGCUCCACACAGAGGGGCCCCCAGGGCAGGAGCCUCAGCUGCACUGCAUCCCUAGGGCGGGGGAGUGAGUGCAGAGCCCAGGGAUGGCCCAGCCUCCCCUUAUGGCCGCACCUUUUCCAGACCCAGGAGACCUCUCAGGUCCUCACCACCUCGGCCCGACACAGGGGCUUCUGGCAGGCAGGGAGGUGAUCUGUGCCAGGAGUUCCUCCUGGGUUUCUGCUGGAGUCGAACAUGUCAGCCUCAGGCUGACCCCACCCCCUGCCUCCCAAGUUUCUGGCACUGGAGUGUGCCGCUGUGGGUAUGAGAACGGGGGCGUGGGAAUGUGAGGGGGUGAAUGUGUGAAAGGUGUGUGUGUGGUGUGCGCGCCAGUAGAGUGCACGUGUGUGCGUGGAGCCUUGUGUGUUGUGACUGCAUCCAGACACCUCCGCAACUCUGCCCGGCCCCAGGAUUCUCUCCAGGCGGCUGCCAGAGGGCGUCCAGGCCUGCAUUUCACCACACCCCUCAGGGAACCCGGCAGGGAGGCACCUACAGGUUGGUUCAGGCUCUUAGGCAGCAACACAGACUCACCCAGCGCCCCCUCAUGACCCCUGCCCUCUCUGUGGAGGCCUGGGACCCCGCAAUAACCUCAGCAUGGGUGAGGCUGCUCCCUCUGCCUGGCAGUGCCCCAUCCACCAUCCCAGGCCACAUCUGUCAGGGUCCCUCCUGGGGUUCUAGGCCAUUUGAGGGUGCUCCCUGAUAGGCCAGGCUGACUAGAGGGGGCCCUGACCACUCUCUGGCCCAGAGCCCCCCCCCCCUCUACUCGCCUCUCAUUCCCACCGCGCAAAAGGGCUAUAGGUCCCCCUGCCUUGCCCGGGCCCAGUUUACAAACUGUGCGGUUGUCCCAGAGCCUGGACCCCUCUCCUUGGAGUGCCCUCCCCUCUGGAGACCCCCCUCCCCAGGGGCAUUGGGGCUCUUCACACGCCAGGUAAGUAGCAAACCCCUCCUCCCACCAAGGGCCAAGUCUCUGCGAAGGCCCCCCAUCACUGCCCCAGGCUCCCCUGGAGCUCAUCCUGAGCCCAUCUGGGCGCCUCUCCCAGACGCGACUUCUCCUUUUGCCUUAGGCCUCUCGACAUCCUAUCUCUCCUGCAAUAACAAGGAAGCGAGAUUCCAAGUAGACAUCCCUGGCCGCGCACCCUCUCUCUCUGUCUCUGUUAAGACCCUGUGUGGGAGUUUCUCCCUUGUCGUAGUAGCUAGGAUGUUAGAAUUGGGAAGGGCCCGUAGUUCUGUAGUCCAGCCCCUGUUGUCAGAGGCACAGUGGAGCAGUGACGGCCAACUAGAACCAGGUCUGCUCCUUCGCUGUCUGGGCCCACUGCUGCUGCCUCACCUCUGCUGGUCGGGUUGGGACCCUUUGCCCCUUAGGAGAGGUGUUGGUCACAGAAGUUUACCUCAGUUUAUGUCACUGUCGAAGAAACAAGAAAUAAAUAGCAAAAAAUUAAUAACACUGUAAACAUGAAGACUUAGACGAUAAAAAUCUCACACAGAAAAACUCCCCCUUUGUGAUUCUCUGUGAAGGUGUAUGUGUGUGUGUGAUGUUGUGUGUGUGUCCCACCCUGGGCAGGCCGGGUCAUCCCCAACCUCUGUUCCAGCCCUGUGCCCUCCACACUGCCCCCUGUCCUUUGGUGCUUCCCAGAGGCCCCGCUGAGCUGGCCUGUGGGGUAUAGGGAGCCCCCUGGGCAGGAGGCAUGGCUACAGGUUAACCAGAGGGUCUCCCACCGGGCCCACCGAUGCUCCCUGAGCCCACGCUGUGGCCGGUAGGACAGCCCUGGUAGCUGGCAUCAGAGUCCAAGCCCGGUUCAGGGCUUGGCUGGAAUCCCAGCCCCUCGUGUAUUGCCACCAUUCCCCACCAUGUGUUUGUAAAUACUCUGGCACCCUUUGGCCCUGAGAAGGUUUUUAAAUGUGUUAUUUACUUCUCUAAUGACAAUUGCUAUAAAAUAAACAAAAGUUUAGAAAAAUUA